UAUGAUUUUAAUAUUUUUGGAAUUCUAAUAUGCUUGAUUUUAAACUUUUUUAGUUUCACAGAUGUUUAAAUUAUUGGUUGUGAAAUCAGUCAGGUAAUAAUUUCCAAAAUCGAUUUUAAUGGCCAAAAUGUAAGAUUAGUUAAAAUACUGCAUCAAGCUUUCUUUUAACGAAAAUCUGAAAAUUAUAUCAUCAUUUUUGUUCUUGUAUAAAGUAGCAUAAUUCAAAAAAAUAUAAUUAAAAUUCCAUUGUAUCACAUUGUUGUAAGAAAAUCAAUUUCCAGAUUUAAAGAAAACACAAUUAUCACAUACCCGUUUCUUGCAGCGACUUGUAAAGGUGUUAUACCUUGCCGAUCAGACACAUCAGGAACAGCACCUUUUUUUAAAAGAUGGCACAAACAUUCGUAUGCUCCAACACUGCAGGAUAAAACAUAAAAUAGAAAUAAAAUAGUUCAACUAAAAAAAAUCAAUAAAAAGUUGCUGCACAAAAACAACAAUUUUAUUAACAUUUCUACCACAAAAUCAGACUCAGUCUUAAGACAAAAACAAAUUCUAUGUAUAUAUACCAAACAGCCUAAUAAUAAUUUAUACAUUUUAAAGUCAAAGCAUUUCACAUCAGCAAUUUUUCGCCAAUUUAAAUAAAAUGGAAUAGAAAGGCUGAGAUGAGACUAACCAAUGGAAUAGUAUUUCCAGGAUUUUUGUAUAUUUUUAAAAAAUUGUUAAAAUACCCUUUUUGUUAAGUACCCUCUAGAAAAAAAAUGAAGAUGAUCAUGUGUUCAUAAAAAAACCAUUAAAAGGAUAUCUUAGUUUAAAGUUAUUAUGCGAUUAAAUUAAUGAAUGGGUUUGCUCUACUUUAGCGAUAUUGAUGAAACUAAUCCUAGGUGAGGCCUUGGUUACUUUAGAUGUAGUCAAAUUAUGUAGCUUCAAAAUUACAAGUGAGCUGCAUGAAAUCUAUUGUUUUGACUUCAACAUAGUGUCUAAUUUGCUAACAAGAUACCCAUUUUGCUUGUUAUACAAAGAAGAAUUAGUAUGUUUAGAUUGUCGCAACCAACCUCAAAGAAAUUCUUAAAUGUGAAACACAUUUAAAUGAAAAUGAAUAAAAACAUUUAAUAAUAUGUCUGUAACGAAAACCAGACAAUUUUUAUUAAAUAACGUUAGAGUGUUGCUGAUGGAAUUACUCAGUGUGAAAUCAUAAAAUAUUAAAACAACCAGGAAGAUAAUGUUAUAAACAUAAAAUCUCAUUAAAAUUAUUUAUCCUGGAGAAUACAAUGGAAUUAUAAUUGUAGAUCACAAAGAAAUAAACAAAAAGGUUUUUGCAUUCAGAAAAAAAAACAAUAGCUGAAGAACAAGCUGAAUAUAAAUUUUACCUACAUAUAAUAAAAUAAAUAUAUAUAUAUAUAGGUCGAAGUCAUAUAGAAUAUCCUGCACUAUUUAUUGUUAUAGCAAUUAUAAAUAUAAAGUCAAAAAUAAAAAAAGAAUAAGAAGUCAAACAUUCUUUUUUAUAAUAUUAUUAUUUCAUGCAACUGCUUAUCCAUUUUGUGAAGACAAAUGAGUGCUCAGUGGGGUUUGAGAAAUAGCACUUAGCAAACACCGCUACACUGGUCGCAUAUCAACAAGUAUGAAUAAAUGAAGUUCCUUAAUUCGUAAUUAACAUAUCAAAGAACAAAUAAAUUUUGGUGCUGAGAAGUUAAAGAGUUGAGCUCUUACACAUGCAAGAUGGCAAUGAAACUUCUCUGGAUUUCAUGUUUCCUUGUCUUUAUGUGCAGCAAAGUGAAAACGAAAUGUACAGAAGACCUCUACAGAGCUUACUUACCAGCUGCCUCACCACACAAAACAAAUGUCUUACUGGUGGGAUUAUUUCCCAUGUUUAAUGGUGAAAAUAUCAAUUCAUUCUCAAUAGCAUCAACUGAGGCAUUCAUUUAUUAUGUUAAAAAACUGAACUUUAUGCUGAAUCAGAAGAGUACAAUGUUAAACAUGGGUGCAGUGGCGUAUGACAUGUCUUGUACAGAAACAAGUGCAACAUCUCAUUUGUUGGAUAUUUUGCUGAACAAAAAAUUCCACCACUUUACAAAAUUUAAAAUUUUGGCAGUUAUAACAUCUGCUUCAAUAAAACAAGAGCUAGAUCCAAUAAAAAAUUUUAUGGAACCAUAUUCUGUUCCAGUGUUAGUUUAUUCGAAGUCAAGCAUGGAAAAGGAUUUUGAGGUAGGCAGCCCAGCCAAUGAUCAUGUCUCAUUCUUGCAACCAACAAAAGAUGCAAUUCGCAUAACUCUUAUCGAGACUUUUUUUCGCAAUGAAAAGCUACGGUACAUAACAAUUAUAAUUGAGAAAUCAGACUAUGGCAAAGCAUCGUUGGUUUAUCUCGAAAAAGCAUUCAAAGAGCUAAAUAUAUGCAUAGCAGCCACAUAUGAUUUACCAACAACAAAUAAAACUUUGAAAACACUAGCAAAAGAUAUGAAAUUCGAAAAGAGAAGUGGGACUGUUCUCAUAUGGAGCUCACGAAAAAGUGAAAUAGUAACUCUCCUCUCUUCUGUUCAUGACUUAGGUGUCAGAAACAAGAUUUGGUUAAUAAGCACUCAUAUUGAUCUUUACUCUCUACCAUCAGAAGUAUUAAAAGCAAAUACAGUUCUUAUCUUAAUUUUAAAACUGUCUACAACAAGUAUCACCGAUACAUUUUUACAAACCUAUCUAAAUAUGUCCUACAAAGAAAACCCUUGGUUGAAAUAUUAUAUCAACAAUGUUACACAUGAAUACAAAGAAAUAAUCAAUAACUCUUUAAAAGUUAAAUCAAUAAAAGAAUUGACCCCAGAGAAUAGUGUUGACAUGAUGGAAAAGUCCUUUAGUAUUACAAUAGAAGCUAUGUCGACAUAUCUUCAAGAUAUUGGAACGUUUUUGGGUUUCUUACCUGGCCGCACCCUUCCUGAUACGCUUUACGCAAAUUUAAUAACACCUAUAGAAGCAGAAUAUAAGAAAGGUCGAAUAAAAUUAAAACAAAUCAUCGCCAAAAAUAAAACUCAAAACUUAACAACUUUUAAACUACAAAAUUCUUCUUUUAAUCAAGUUUGCCAUGAGGUUUGCUUGCCAGGUUAUGAAACAUUCUUUUUCAAUCAAGCUAUAAAAUGUUGCUGGAUAUGUCGAAAGUGUAAUAUUGGAUACCACAAAAAUGAAACAGCACUUGCUCCCUGCCAAAGGUGCCCUGUUGACACAGGGUCUAAUUUAAACAGAACAGAGUGCGUAGCUUAUAAAAAGAAGUACAGAAAACCAUCUACCACUGACGCAGAUAAGAUAUAUGCACUCAGCAUAAUUGGUACAAUUGUUUGCAUUUUUACCAUAGCAGUAUUUAUUAAAUUUCGUAAAACACCAAUUGUGCGGUCUUCGGAUACAAAUAAAUCAUUGAUACAGCUUACAAGUCACAUGCUUAUAUUCAUUGUGAUUUUAAUGUUCACUUUUCAACCUACUCAAUUUGUGUGCAUGUUUCAACCGUUUGUAAUUGGUUUUCUCAUGACAAUAACUUCUUCAGUGACAUACAUUAAGACAAGAAAUUUAUUGAAUAUUUUUGAAGCUAAAGUUCGACUCUCUCAUUCUGAUGUAAUUCUCACAAAAGUAAUUGGAAUUUCAAUUUUGUUUAUUCUUGCUUUUCUACAAGUGAUUGUCUCAGUGAUUUCGAUGUCACUGAUCCCACACAAACACAAUGUUGAACGAGAUGAAAUAAAAGUCUUAGAGUCAUUACGAUGCAACAAUCAAAUUUAUUUCACUUUUCAGUUUGUGUAUAUCAAGUUUGUAGCACUUAUUUGCCUUCUUCAAGCAUUUAAAGCCAGAAAGCUCCCUGAAAAUUUCAAUGAAACAAAAUUCAUUGGAAUUGCAGUCUUGGUGUCAGAAGUUUUUUUACUGGCUUACAUUAUUCAAAACGAAGAAGGUGUGCUGACAAAUGCAGUUUUAAUUUUUUGCUCAAAUUUUUUUCUGACAGUUAUCAUGUACGGAUUUCGAGUAUGGGUGAUGCUGUUUCAACCAGAUAAAAACCAACCAAGGGUAUUCCAACAACAAGUUCUCGAAUCAGUGUUUGAAAAGACAUACAGUGAACAUAGGAGUAGAACUUCAAGUUCUUUUGUGUAAAGUACAUAGAAGGGAAAAUUGUGGAUUUAAAGAAAAAAAGAUCAUGGAACAAAAGAAUGUAAAGUCAAUGUUUGUGUAUUAACUAAGUUCUGCCUCUGUUAUGAUUAGGACAGGUGUUUUAUUGAUUAUUUCACCUUACACUCACGUCAUUUGCAAUCUAGUUUUAACAACUAAUUAAAAAAAUAGUUCCAAAAAGGUGCAGGAAGUACAAUAGCUAUUGAUUUGCAUUAAUUAACUCUUCUUUUAAUAAUUAAUUCUUUUUUACUUGUUUUUUUUCAAACUGUUUUUCUUUUGCAAUUUGUUGUUCCCACUUUUUUGUUAGCUAGUCACUUUGAUCUUAAUGACUAAUCCAGCACAAAGGUUUUUUUUAGUUUUAUUACACAUAGUAAAACUGCAAAAGUAGCCUCCAGCAACUCAAAAAGUUAUUUAGCCCCCUCCCUUUAUAUAAAUAAAUAAAAUAAAAAAGUUAUAGUAGUCAAAGAAAUUCGAUAUUAUUCGUUGAUUUAACGUCAUAUACAGCGAUAUCCAUAUGCUGCAACUUUAAUUCUUUCUCCCCAAGUUUCUUUGCUAAAUAUCUAUGAUUUUUUUUUUACAACGGGCUGUAUAGAUAUUGUGUUUAAAAUUCUAUUAUUUAUUUAGCCCCUCCCUUUAUUUAACCCCCUUCUAUUAAGCCCCCCUCAUAAAACGUCCAGAAUUUAAUAAGCCCCCUGGGGGCUAAAAAGAGGAAUUACAGUGUUACUGGUUGUGAUCUAUAGUUCAAAUUAGAGUUUGGUCAAAAAUAUAAAUAAAUAAACGCAUGCUUGUGAAAUGUCGUGAAUGUGUUUUGAAUGCUUGGUGCCUGAUGAUCAUGUAAACAAGAAACCAAUAGUUGUUUAAUAAUAUAAAACUAAUCUAUUCUAUGAUCUAGUAUUCUGAUAACAUACAACAAACAACUUGAUUUAUAAAUAAAUGUAUGUAUUCUUUAUUACUUGUAUGUAUUCUAUAUUACCAUAUUAAUGCAAUUUAUUAACAGAAAAAAGGGUAAAAAUAAAUAAAAAUAAAUAGAUUAUUUAUUAUUGGUUGUGAUUUUAUUUAUAGUUUUAACAAUCAAAAGAAUAUACUUUAUAUACCUUGAAUCCUGUAGUUUUUUAAAAAUCAAGCACCAGAUUCUAACAUAAGCACUCAGAAUUUUACCUUUAACAAGCAAAUAAUUGAUGCCAUACCCAAACUACAAUUUUAGAUCACUAAUUUUACAGUUGUAGAUUAUAAAUAAUUGAA